AUGGAUAAUUUUAUACCAGUCCUAGACACUGAAGACACAGUCUUGAUCGACUAUGAUGAAUCUGGACAGGAGAUUCACUAUUUUUACCGUGAGGCCGAUGAGACGAUAAUCCCGAGUCCUCGUUUCCUAGAAAUUUGUCGAGAGAUACAGGAAGCCGAGACGGAGUGUGAGGAACAGGGAGGAACUUCCAGAGAAGCUGACAGGGUGAAUGAUUCUCAAACCUCUAGAGGAAUGACUCACGGAGACUUGCAGAUCGGGGUCAUUUAUAUAUCCAGCACUGACAUCGACAGUGAUAGCAGUAGUGAUGAGUCGCUUCAAUUGAGUGAUUCAAUCCUACGGAGGCUUGCAACACUCACAAAGCGAAGGAACGGUGAAAAUGAUCACCCGGAAAAUGAUCAGAAGAAACGAAGAAUGACAGCUCAAAAGAACUCUUCAAUGCAUUCUGGACUUGUCACUCGGUCCUCAAUAGCUCGUCGCUCAGUUGAAUCGAAAGCUCAGCCCUCAACACUUCCUGCUCGCCUUCCAAAAUCAUCAGCUCGUCCCCUAGCUACAGUUACAGCUCAGUCUUCCGCUUGCCCAUAUCACACAGAGCCUUCAGUUGCAGCUCAGGCAGGUCCCUCGAUCUCCCAAACGAGAUCUAUUCACCCAGGAUUAGAUGCCUCAGUUGCUAAAGCAGGUCCCUCAGGCUCUAGCGCUGGAGUAUGUCGUCCACUGGUCAAAGGUGUAGCAGGAUCGUCCACUUCUAGGGCUGGAGCGCAUCAACCGCUUACUAAAGCUGCCUCUAUGACUGUGACUGAAGCACGUCACCCAACGGCUUCAUUACGUUCUUCCAACCCUAGGGCUCGUGCAACAGGUCCCUCUACCUCUAGGGCUGGUGCAAGACGCUCAAUGGCUCCAGCUGCAUCAGGUUCUUCUAACCAUAGGGCUGGUGCAAAUUACACACCGCCAACAACUGCAACAGGUCCCUCUACCUCUAGGGCUGGUGCUAGUCACCCACAAGCUGAAGCUCACCGACCAUCAUUGGGCGAACUGUACCAUGAGGCGGUUGAGUUGCGGAUCAAUUUGUUGCUUAACAAUGAGCGUACCCGGCUGAUCGAGCUGAUGGAUUUAGUUUGGGAUUACGCAGAAUUCAAACGUCUACAAAAACUUGAGCGUGAAUAA